GAAAAAACCACAAAUACCACAAAUAAUGGGUUCCCUUCAAAAUCCUCCCAACAAUGAAGGUUUACCAGGUACGGAAGAGGAAGUUAACGACAACCCGAUCGAGCAAGUCCGGCUCACGGUCCCGAUCACCGACGACCCGAAGCAACCGGCCCUGACGUUCCGAACAUGGGUCCUCGGGGUCUCGUCCUGCGUGAUCUUGGCCUUCCUGAACCAGUUCUUCGGCUACCGCCAGAACCAGAUUUCGAUAUCUCCCGUGUGUGCUCAGAUCGCGGUCCUUCCGCUGGGCCGACUGAUGGCCGCGACCCUCCCGACCGCACCCAUCCACGUGCCGUUCACGAGCUGGUCCUUCUCGAUGAACCCCGGCCCCUUCACCUUGAAGGAGCAUGUGUUGAUCACCAUCUUCGCAAACUCGGGCUCCGGCGGUGUCUACGCAGUGAACAUCAUUACCAUCGUAAAGGCUUUUUACCAUAGGGCUAUUCACCCCUUUGCUGCUCUCUUGCUAUCACUCACCACACAGAUGCUGGGCUAUGGUUGGGCUGGUUUGUUUAGGAAGUAUCUGGUGGAGUCUCCUUACAUGUGGUGGCCUGCAAAUCUAGUCCAAGUCUCCCUUUUCAGAACACUGCAUGAUGAGGAGAAGAGACCAAAGGGAGGGCUAACAAGGCUGCAGUUCUUCAUGACGGUCUUCGUGACGAGCUUCGCUUACUACGUCGUCCCGAACUACUUAUUCCCUUCAAUAACCGCGCUAUCUUUCGUGUGCUGGAUAUGGAAGAAUUCGAUCACCGCGCAGCAGAUCGGGUCUGGCCUAAUGGGCCUCGGGAUCGGAUCCAUCGGAUUCGACUGGUCUACAGUAUCGGGCUUCCUCGGUAGCCCCUUGGCGACACCGGCUUUCGCAAUUUGUAACGUGAUGGUAGGCUUUGCUCUCAUUGUCUGGGUCCUGACCCCUAUUGUUUACUGGAAGAACGCGUACAAUGCGAAGCGUUUCCCGCUCUUCUCCUCGCAUGUUUUUGACUUCGACGGCCACACUUACAACCUUUCAAGAAUACUUGAUGAGAAGACAUUUUCAUUGGACUUGCAAGGAUAUGAAGAUUAUAGUAAGAUAAAUCUCAGUAUCUUCUUUGCUUUCUCUUAUGGCCUGAGCUUCGCGACUCUCACGGCUACUCUUUCGCAUGUAGCCCUAUUUCAUGGGAGAUCGAUUAUUGCGCUGUGGCGGAAAACAACCGUGAGCGCGAAAGAAAAGUUUGAGGAUGUACACAUGAGAUUGAUGAAUAAGUACGAAAGAGUUCCUGAAUGGUGGUUUCUUCUGGUGUUGAUUGCGGUCGUGGCUUUCUCCUUCGUAGCCUGCGAAGGCUUCCACCGCCAGCUGCAGCUUCCCUGGUGGGGAAUCCUUCUCGCCUGCGCCACCGCCUUCAUAUUCACGCUGCCGAUCGCCAUCAUAUCAGCGACUACUAACCAGCAACCAGGGCUAAACGUAAUUACGGAGCUAAUUAUAGGUUACUUGUACCCUGGUAGGCCAUUAGCCAAUGUGGCGUUCAAGACAUAUGGUUACAUAAGCAUGGCACAAGCAGUAUACUUUUUGUCAGAUUUCAAAAUUGGUCACUACAUGAAGGUCCCCCCAAAGUCCAUGUUCAUUGUCCAGCUGGUAGGUACAAUAAUCGCCUCCCUGGUGUACUUCGGCACGGCGUGGUGGCUGCUGACGACGGUGGAGGACAUCUGCGACACGAGCCUCCUCUCGCCGUCGAGCCCGUGGACGUGCCCCGGGGACGACGUGUUCUUCAACGCGUCCAUCAUCUGGGGUGUCGUCGGCCCGCUCCGUAUGUUCGGCCGCCUCGGCCAGUACUCCGUCCUCAACUACUUCUUCCUCAUCGGAUUGUUGGCCCCCGUCGCCGUCUGGAUCCUCACCCGCAUCUUCCCGGAGAAGAAGUGGCUGAAGCUCAUCAACAUGCCGGUCAUCCUCGGCGCCACCGCCAUGAUGCCCCCCGCCCGGUCGGUGAACUACGUGUCGUGGGGCAUCGUCGGGCUCGUGUUCAACGUCCUCAUCUACCGGAGAUACAAGGGGUGGUGGGCGCGGCACAAUUACGUGUUGUCGGCGGCGCUGGACGCAGGGGUGGCGUUCAUGGCGGUGCUCAUGUACUUCACGCUGCAGAUCAAGGAUAUCGACGGGAUCAACUGGUGGGGGGUGGAUUUGGACGAUCACUGCCCGUUGGCUCACUGUCCCACGGCAAAGGGCGUGGUGGUUGAUGGUUGCCCAGAUCUUUGAGAUC